AUUUCUUCAAAGUCAUUCAACGACGAACAAACACAUCCGACAACCCAACCCGCUGUCGAACUUCAAAAUGUCGAACGCCGAGCUCGCUGUCUCAUACGCCGCGUUGGUCCUCGCCGAUGACGGUGUCGAUAUCACUGCCGACAAGCUACAGACCCUCAUCAAGGCUGCUAAGAUCGACGAUGUUGAGCCAAUCUGGACUUCUCUCUUCGCCAAGGCUCUUGAGGGAAAGGAUGUUAAGGACCUUCUGUUGAACGUCGGAUCCGGUGGUGGAGCGGCUGCUGCCCCAGCUGCUGGUGGUGCCGCAGGAGGACCUGCCGCUGCUGAGGAGACCAAGGAGGAAGAAAAGGAAGAGGCCAAGGAGGAGUCAGACGAGGAUAUGGGUUUCGGUCUUUUCGACUAGAGCGGUUCUCUAAUCUUUCUUGUUUCUUGAAAUGCAUUGCCACGGUUUUUCUCUCGGUGCAACAUUUGGCUGGUCGGGUAGGCUUUCAUAGAUAAAGCAAGCUCUUGAGGAUUCCUGAAC